CCUUCCAGCGCAGGAGCAUCCCGGCAGAGGCUGAGCGGAGCUUGGAGCCCGAGGCAAACGCGGUUUGCCGGGCGCCUCGCUGUCCUCUUCCCCCGGCCGCGCCGGGGCUCCCCGGGAGCACAGCGAGCGAAGCCUCCUGAUCGGGGCGCGGCGGGCCGUGCGGAGCGGACCGCGCGGUUAGUGCGGGCCCCCGCCCCGUGCUGGGCAGGGAGACGCGGCCGCGCUGGGCCACCCGGACUGGGCUUCCCCUUCAAAGGCUUCUAAUUGAGGCCCUGCCGCUUCCUGGCUGUGGCCCUCUGCGUCUCCGUGCCUCCUUUCCGAAAUGAGGGCUUUGGUUGAUCUCAGAAGCCCCUUCUGGUGUUAUGGUUUCUGGAAAGGAAAUCACCGUCCCCGCAACAAGAAAUGCCACGUCCCCCGGCAGUUCCUGUUAUCAGCAAAGCAUUUAACCUGCACGAAACAAAAGUUCACACUGAGCAACUUCUCUGAAAACCAGGGGGAGGGGGGCGAUGAGUCCGGUCAGGGCGCUGGAGGCUGUCGGCGUGUGACAGUCUAGCCGUGAUGCAAGGGGAAGGUAUGGGCCGGUGGGGCCGGUGGAAGUUCAGUCAGGCGGCGGCGUUUUAGUCGGGAGCUGUCCGGAUGGGUAGGUUGGCCUGAGCGGUGCUGCUUUCCCCGCACAUGAGAGGCAGGCAGGACGCUUGCGGGGCUGUGAGUGUCGCAGGAAUUUUAGCCUCUCUUUGAGGGAGGGGAGGUGAACUAGAAGACCUGAGGCUUGAAGGCUUCUCCCAGGGCCCGGAGAAUGUGCAGUUCUGAAAGUGCUUCUCUGUGAGUCCGUCCUGCUGAGUUUUCCCUGCGGCUUUGCUAACCCCCGGGGUGAGUGGGCGCUCCCCCGCCCCUGGCCUGCAGGAAGCAUCGUGCACACUGAAGUGCAUCCCUUACAGGGCGAGGUCACCGGCCAGACUCAGCUAAUCUCCCGGCCACCUCUCCUGGGGGCUCCAGGCCUCUCCACUGGCCUGGGAGAGGCUUGCCGGGAAUGUGCAGGGCCCACACAGCCUUUCUGAGGAGCUGAACUUCGAAUCUGUUUAGUGCCCGGUCCGCUGACCUUCCGACUGGCCCCUUUUCAUUCUGCAAACAAGCCCUGAUGCCUGCUGUGUGCCAGGCUCUGCAGUAGGUCCUGGGGGGUGGAGACUUGCAUCUGCCCCUUGGGAAGUUCGCGGUCAGGUAGGAGACAGGAAGAACCAGGCAGGUGAUGCACCAUCCGGUCCCGUGAUAAAAGCACCCACAGGAGGCCCCAGGGCCAGCCUUGGAGCACAGGGUGGGUUCCCAGAAGUCAGGACGGCGCCCUGCUGCGCAGCACGUCCCAUCGCUGCAGAUGUGUGUAGAGGCUCCUGGAUUUCUCUCAGCCGCUGGUGAGAGCUUAAUGUAUAAACCGUCCAGAACAGAAGAGCCAGAGAGCACGCGUGCUGGUACCUGAGGCCUGUGGUCAGCAUGUUCUGAUCUCUAGGAGCCCGGAAGGUGUUAGGCGGGGUUAGUGUGUAAAGUCUUGGUAUUAAGAGUAAAUGGCUGCGUGGGGAAAACAAAGAAACGUAUUUCAUGAAGAGAGAACAGCACCCACAACAGCCACCACAACAAAAGCUCGGUGAUAAAGAAGGACAGCGGAGAAGCCAGUGGUGUGUGGAACAGAGCUCAAGGACUUUGGACGUCUGCGAGAGGGACCCACGGAGGACUGGAGAGGACCCGGGUAUUGCGGGCCCUCCCGAACCGGCACCCGUAGGGACACACCACCGGGACAGCCCCGUGGGCUCUCCGCCAGACUUCCCUCUGUUCUCUGUCCUUCCUGUGCUUGCCGUGUUCUAAGGGGUUGUCCUCGCGCUCCUUCCCGCUGCCAGGGUCGUGGGAUGAGAGGUCCUCGGGGUAUGCUGCACUGUGACCCCACCCCCUUCCGCCGUACUCUGUCAGUAAAUGGCCAGUGUGUCCAGUGCUUGGGGUCCUAACCAGAACUCAACUAGAGGCUCCGCUCCAUCCUUUAAGUAAGUCCUGUUGUUCACAGGGGUUCCUUCCCCACCUCCGCCCCGAACCACCUGGGCGGGUUCCUGUCUCAGCAGGGCUGUUUUGCUGUGGGCAGACAAAAGCAGAGAGGAGCGGGAGUGGUGGGGAUUGAGGGAUUACAGCCUUAUCAGCCGGAGGCCAGGGAGAAAGGGCUUGGCUGAGAGAAGGGGAUUAACUUUAUUUUUAUUCCUGUGAGUGUGGGGGAGGCGGGGAGACCUUCACGUGGUCUCUCUCCUUUGCAGGGCUCCCUCUGCCUUUUGUUAAAAUUCCUGCUCGUCUCCCCAAACUCCUUGCCCGGAUUGCUCGGAGGGCGAGCUCUCCCUGCAGCCCUCCAGCCUGCGUGGGCCGUGUGCGUUGCUUCGCAGUUAGGCUCUUUUCUAUUAAGUCAGCACGGCCUUUUUCUUUGUUCCCGCACAGUGGGUUUGAGACCCCCUUGCCUUUGUUUUUUGUGACUCGGACUCUGUCUUCUGUGUGUGAUUGUGUUUAAGACCUGUCAUUCUAAUACGCGUCACCAUAUCAGCUGCAGUGACCAUUAACUGAGCAGGCUGCCGCUGGGGAGGACCUGGGUUUGGCGCCUUACACACCUGUGUUUCAUCCUCUCAGUCCUGCCCAGCAAGGUGACGCUAUAUAUUCUUCUCAUUGUGCAGACCUGUGGGAGCUCCCUGGCUGGCAGGUGGUGGGCUCACCAACUGAACCUCACGUCCGCCUCUGCUUACUGCCCUAUGCUUUUUUGAUCCUCUGCCCCCUGGCCUGUAGUCUUGAUGCAGCAGCAGAUGCAGAUGUCCCUCUGGGGGCCCUGUGCCUGUCACUGUGUUGGCUGAUCGUCAACAGUGUGGCCCUCACGCUCCCCUUACUCAUUAUGACUUACUUGUCUUGCUCCCUUCUCUGUGGGUUGGUGAAACUACCUGCAGGAAGUAGAACAUUUACUCAAAGAAUCCAUAAAUUCGCUAAUUAAGCCAAAAGUCACCGGUCCAUCUCCCAAAGAUGGAUGAGUUCCAGGACUGCUGCCUUUAAGACCCCCACCCCAAGAUGUCACGGAGAGCUGCUUCUGACCAGAAGACAGUGACGGAGAAGGUGUGGAGCCCUCUGAAAAUCCAGCUACCUCAUUUCUGCCCUGAAACAUCUCACUUGCUCUGAAGGCAGGUUCCCGCAACGUGACACAGGGAUGCUUCCCCUGCGGGCCAUCCCAGCUGCGCCUCCCUCAGACUUUAUUUUGCGGAUCUAUGGAAAUGGCCACCUUGGUAUGGCCGCUCGGGGGGCUGCCUGUCCUGCAAGGCCCAGGGCUCUGGAGAGGGCACAGACCACAUGUGCUUCGCUGCCUCCCGCACCUUCCUUCCCAGCCUAAAGCCUGGAAAACAGAACGAAGCCAUUCGGGGGAUGAAUGGCGUCAUUCUUUAUUCCGGCCGCAUGCACAUGUGGGUUCUGUAGUCCUUUAUCUCCAGCCCCCUCUACCUCCGGCCCCUCUGCUGCUUCCUGCCUCCCUCCCAUCUCUCCUGCUAGCUCAGCCUGCUUUCUGGCAUUGGGCUGUUUCCAUAGCAAUGCUCCCUGGCCUCUGAGUGGAGACUGAACCUCAGCCUCCCUAAAGCGAUUAGGGGAGUGCAGAGUGUGCAUAUGUUCGGCUAUCUGACUAGGACAGCUUGCUGGGGCAGCAGGAUUUUUUAAAAAUGACUUUUACAUUUUGCAUUACUUUCAGAUUUAUAGAAGAGUUGCAGUGAUAGUUCAGGGAGCUCCGGCCUACUCCUCACCCAGUCUCCCCCGUUAUUAACAUCUCAUGUUACAAAGCAACAUUUACUAAAACUAAGAAGGCGCUACUGGGUACACCGCUACCCACUAAGUUCCAGGCUUUGUCCGGGCUUUGCUGGGUAGUGCUCUGAAGUCCUUUUCUGUCCUAGGGGGCCAUGCGGGACACACGCUGCGUUCAGCUGUGGUGCUCUGGGCUUCCCCUGGCCUGGAUAGGCUCAGCCCUCCCUCGUUUUCCGCCGCUAGAAGCAGCUGACACAGGAUGACGACACUGAUGAGGUGGAGAUCGCCAUCGACAACACAGCCUUCAUGGAUGAAUUCUUCUCUGAGAUCGAGGAAACUCGGCUCAACAUUGACAAGAUCUCGGAGCACGUGGAGGAGGCGAAGAAACUCUACAGCAUCAUUCUCUCCGCACCCAUUCCGGAGCCAAAAACCAAGGAUGACCUCGAGCAGCUCACCUCGGAGAUCAAGAAAAGGGCCAACAAUGUCCGGAACAAACUCAAGAGCAUGGAGAGGCACAUUGAAGAAGAUGAGGUCCGGUCGUCAGCUGACCUUCGGAUUCGGAAGUCCCAGCACUCCGUCCUCUCCCGGAAGUUCGUGGAGGUGAUGACCAAGUACAACGAGGCACAGGUGGACUUCCGUGAGCGCAGCAAAGGGCGAAUCCAGCGGCAGCUUGAAAUCACUGGCAAAAAGACUACGGAUGAGGAGCUGGAGGAGAUGCUGGAGAGCGACAAUCCUGCCAUCUUCACUUCCGGGAUCAUCGACUCCCAGAUCUCCAAGCAAGCCCUCAGUGAGAUCGAGGGUCGGCACAAGGACAUUGUGAGGCUGGAGAGCAGCAUCAAGGAGCUCCACGACAUGUUCAUGGACAUCGCCAUGCUGGUGGAGAACCAGGGGGAGAUGUUAGAUAACAUAGAACUGAAUGUCAUGCACACAGUCGAUCAUGUGGAGAAGGCACAAGAAGAAACUAAAAGAGCUGUGAAAUACCAGAGUCAGGCCCGGAAGAAAUUGAUUAUUAUCAUUGUGGUAGUUGUUGUGUUGCUGGGCAUUUUAGCGUUGAUUAUUGGACUUUCCGUGGGGCUGAAAUGAGAGCAGCCUCAGGGCUGCUGCACUGAAAUAACCUGAUUACACUCCAGCCUGGCGUGGCCGCCCUUGUCUGCCGAUGAAAACAGUCUCAGUGGCCUUCCUGAGAGUGAGGGGGAGCUCUCCCUUUGUUUCCUUGUAACCUUCCUUGGACCUGAUGCAGCAGCCCUGGAGGAACCUAAUCUACUUAAUGGCCACGAGUUCUCCUCAAAACCACCUCCUGCCCCAGCAACUGAAGUGCCUUCUCCUUGGACUGUCUGAACCGACCCAGCUUGUUCCCUCCCUGUGUCCAAUUGUGCCUUGUACCUUGGGAAGCCCAUGUGAAACUGUCCCAAGGUACUGUAUGAUCUACCUCAUGGAGUAUUUUUUGCCCAGAAAUUGCAAUGUACUUUUUUUAGGGAGUAUCUUUAAUAAUGCAGAAGGAUUCCUGUAGCUUUGGCAACAGUAGGGCUUGCCUCAGUCUUCAGCCUGGCAAGAUGCCAGUGUUCAGACUUGUCCCCGUGUCCUGGAAACAGAAGGGACCAGCAGAUGCCAUUUUGGUUUGGCAAGUUGACUGCUUUGAAGUCAGGCUCUGAGUAAGUUCAGCUUGGGGGCCAGGUUCCCCUUCCUGUGUCGUGUUCUUUCAUGUUUACUCAGAGGAAGCAAGAUACAGUCGUUGGAGGUUAUCAUUUGCAAAGGCAACUGUGUCUGAGACUCAUGUACCUAUACGUGUCUGUCUCUCAGGAAGUAGAAAAUGAGAAGUGGAAGAUACUAUGACCUCACAAAAACCAGCCAACCAAACACAGAAACUUUGAGUUAGGCUAUCAACUAGGUAAGGACUAUUUGCUUUCCUGCAGCUGAAUCUUCCCCUUUCAGGACUAGGGUCUUCCCAUGCUAUCAAGAUGCCUGUUUUCUGGAUGAGUACUGGGAGAAUCAAAUGAGCUCUCUGGAGUGCGGACUGAGUUGAUCCCCGUAACAUUUUUCUGCAUAGCAGAUGGGAGGUGUAAUGAACGUUUGGCACUUUUCCCAGCUGCAGCUUCUAGGAGGCUUGUCCAGAGACUAUCCCGCAGCAAUCUGGUAUUACUCGCAUGACCUUUGGGAUGUCCUGACUCUGGGGCUGAGUCAGCUGGGACAGCCCAGAAAUUAGAGUGGCUCUUCCUGCUCUGGGUUAAUGAGAUUUACAGGUUCUUUGUUUCCUUCAAUUCUUAUCACAGAGGAAGCAACGGCCAGGAAAUCUUGAAAUGACUGCUCACCCAACGGUGGGCCCCUUAGGUCCCGCCUAUUCUCACCCAGUCUUCCGGAUUUAGGUACGAGCCGUAUUUCAGCUCUGCCUCUAAUGGUCUCUUGGACAGGGCGAGUGCUGCCCACUAGCUUCCCUUGCACAGGUUCCCCCUUCCCAGCACGCAGACAGAGCCGCAGUGUGCCCCCCUCCCGCCUCGGUUAUGAAGUCUGACAGGGACUGGCUCCGGCGACAAGCGGGGAGACAAACGCUAGUCCCAGGCCUUGGCUCCCUUCUGAGAUUGAGGCCUGGUACUUACACUUUGGAACGCAACCUGUGAAGGGUAUUGCUUGUAUUUUUUUAAAUGGAAACUUGAUUAUUUUAUUGCUAAUUUAAAAAUAAAUGACUUUAUAUUGAU